UUGGUCAGAGACAAAGAAAGUGACAGUUACUUAGAUUAAGAAGCUUGUUUUAAACGCGGCUAGACGAAUCAUUUGCAUUCAUUUUGCCAUAACAUAUAACCAGACCGUCACCUUAGAGAUGCAUAAGGGAGACAUGUUGAAAGUGUUAACCACAGUUGCUCUGUUGACUCUCACGUCUGUCUUGGAUGCUGCCCCGUUGAUGCCUGGAGAACCAGAUGUUUUUGAGGAACCCACUGAUGGAGAACCUCCUGAUCCAUGGAAAACUAGAGCAGAUAUGGAGGAGAUUACAGCACUAGCGACAAGGAUUCUUGUGAAGCUACUGAGUACCCGACCGAAGACGACAUUUCCUGAUGGAGAUGAAAAGACUUUAGAUGAAAUAAUUAGAGCUACUAGCAGCCCAGAUGUCAGAGACAAACCCUUGAGCACAGGUAUCAAUAACCGAUUAAAGACGGUGGCAAUCCAUUCUGAUGGACAAGAGGAGAUUCAGCCAGCAGCCAAUGUUCUUGAUGGAUCUUUGCGGAUAGACCUCACGCCUAGUUCUCCUGAUUCCAAGCAGCAAACUCUGACAGAGAGUAGCAAAAUGUUUAGGCUAUCAAAGGGGAUUGAUUCAGACGAGCAUGACGCUUCAACGGCAGCCAAACAAUCCAAGUUGGAUGCCAUCACAGGUGGUGCCGCCUCUCGAGAGGAGCUUGUGAAGAUGUUGAGUGCACUUGAAGAGCUUCACAAGUUAAUGAACAGCACACUGAGAAAUCGGAUCACCAUUAUACCCAGAGGAAAUGGCAAUGGGCGAAGUCCUGGGAAGAAGAACAAAAUGGUAGCGACAGAUGGAAACCCGAAAUCUACCACAGCGACCAUUGUAGAUGGCGGUGGGACUUCCCCAAAGACUAGCACUGACCAAAUUGAUCCCAAACUCAAUGGAAAAGUUUUAAAAAAGUCCCAUCCAUCGACUCCUAAGAAACCCAACAAGAGAGUGUGCUUCUGGAAAUACUGCUCUCAAAACUGACCUGAUGUCCGCAGCUUCUGUGCAACCUCUACUUGGGCUUCGCUUAGAUGAGCAACAAAUCCACCUCUCUUGCAAAACCUCU